AUGGCCACGUCAUCGCCGUCGCCGACGACGUCGUAUUGGUGCUACAGAUGCACUCGCUUCGUCCGUGUCUGGGUCCAGGACUCUACCCUCUCAUGCCCCCACUGCGAAACCGGUUUUCUGGAAGAGAUCGAAACGACGCCGCACCCACCCCCACCGCCGAUCCAUCACCACCGUCGAUUCCCGUCCUCCCACGUCCACGAUCAAAACCCGGCUCCGACUUCCCGCCGAGUCCGUCGGGCCCCCGUAGACCGGUCCUCCCCCUUCAACCCGGUUAUUGUCCUACGUGGCGGGGCCGAGUCAAAUACUGAGUCCAACUCGUUCGAGCUUUACUACGACGACGCUGCCGGGUCGGGGCUCCAGCCUCUCCCGCCCACCAUGUCGGAGAUUUUAAUGGGCUCGGGCUUCGACCGGUUGCUCGACCAGCUCGCCCAGAUUGAAAUCACCGGGCUGGGCCGACCCGAAAAUCCGCCCGCGUCUAAAUCAGCCGUGGACUCUAUGCCUGUUGUUCAAAUCGGCGAAACACACGUCGUGUCGGAUGCGCACUGCGCGGUCUGCAAGGAAGCAUUCGAACUCGGGUCGGAGGCCCGAGAAAUGCCGUGCAAGCACAUAUACCACUCGGAUUGCAUCCUCCCCUGGCUUGCUAUGCGAAACUCGUGCCCGGUUUGCCGGCACGAGCUGCCCGCCGACCGAAAUGACCGAACUUCGGAUCCGGGUCUCGACGAAGAGACGAUGGGGCUGACCAUCUGGAGAUUACCCGGCGGUGGGUUCGCUGUGGGGAGAUUCUCCGGCGGCAGACGACCCGGAGAGAGGGAAUUGCCGGUUGUGUACACGGAAAUGGACGGCCCAUUCAACGGGAACGGGGCUCCGAGAAGGGUACUAUGGUCAUCGAGAAGUAGAGGAAGUGAGAGUCGUGGGAUUCGCAGGGCUUUCCGUAAUCUGGCGUCGUUUUGGGGUCGGUUUAGGUCCAAUUCGUCUUCUUCGAGGUCCGGGUCCGAAUCCGGGUCGGUUUUCAGCAGAAGUCAGAGUCACUCAAGUUCGGUGUUUGGCCGGUUCGUCCAGAGGCGUAGCAGGGCUUGGGUGUUGGAUGACUAA